AUGCGAUGGCAAGACCCCGAUAUGCGGCAACUGCAGCUCCGCCGGCAUGGUCUGCCCCGGCUUCACCAACAACCGGCCGCUGACGUGGCUGCGCACCGGCAUGAUCUCGCGGAUCCCGAAGAAGGGCAAGCCGGCGGCCCGGCCGAGUGCGACGGCUGCGGCGCGAGACUCGAGACGGCGCAGCAUCGCGAGCUCCUCGACCGCGGCAACGGCAUCGCCAAAGCCCAAGGCGAGCACGCCGCCGCGGUCUCGGAUAAGGAAGACGGCGGCAACAGCGACUCGCCUCCGGAUUCGAGCGCAAAUUCAACAACAACAACUACAACAGUCGUUAGCAAGGCAGCCCAGAGCAGAGACGGCGACGGAAACGACGAUGGAGGCUCAUCUCAGAGCUCAAGAGAUCCGAGACACCAGCUUGUUGCCUGCAGGAAUCGAUCUGUCAAUAACCCUGCGGAUGGCGCUACGCAGAUCCAUGUAACGGCUAUUCCUCCCGACCUAAGACCGCAGGAUUGGGACUAUAUCGACGCCAUAAAGAUGUACAACAACCAACUGCUGCCAAGGCUGCGCGCACGGCAGAUCAUACAGAAUCCCGCUUGGGUCGUCGAACUAAAUGGCGAUGCUCUCCAGUCUCUCUCGGUUGCAAACCGCCACUGCUUUCUUGCCAUUGCGGUUGGCUAUCACAUCAUGUAUGUGACACUGAAGAACAACCUCAGCCUGGAACCUGCGACUACCGGGCCGGCAGCUCCUUUGUGGUGGAAAUUCUAUCUUCACAUUAAUACGUCUAUAAGCGCCCUCAACGAUGAUAUCCAGCAGAGCUUCCCAAAUAUUCUUAGCAUAUUCUCAAGCAUGGCGCACUUGAUGAGUGCAGAUAUCUUGCUCUUUAAUUCAAAAUCAUGGCGCGUUCAUGCCGAGGCCUAUCUCCUGCUAAUCAAACUCUGCGGCGGCCUCAAGAAGCUGAUGAACUCUUCCACAACUCCGUUGCUGAUGCAAAGCUUUGUCAUCGGCGUCACUGUUUUCAACACCACCAGCCCGAGUGAUGGACUGAUGGUCGACGCCUGCAACUUUGACGUCGACGAUGUCAUGACCCUAUACGAACUCGGCAGCAGCCCACUGUUUUACUGUCCUGCUCCCUUGUUCAAAGAAAUGUUUCUCAUCAACCGCCUACGACGAGAGGCCGCAGUCUCCGAAGGCGACUCUAAACCCAGUCUCUGCGCCAUACUCGAACGAAUCGAUGCAUACCCCGUCCAAACCAUGACCGACUCCAUGGACGCCAAGAAAGCAAAAGAUCUCCAUCUCGUCUCGCUGCUUUUCAAAUCCGCAGUGGCCGUCUUUGGCUCCAUGACGCUGCCUUGUACUUCCGAAUGCUCCUCUCGCACGACAUGCGCAGAACUCCAGAAAACCCACCGCAAGCAGCUCUUUCAUCUUCUCGACACCUCAUCCGAUUUCAUGCCGCUCCUCGACCAUAUACUCUGGCCGGUGAUUGUUGCCGGUGCUGCUGUACCCACAGAGUCUGUAGAGAACCGAAUGCUGGUGGAGAUGUACUUGCUGAACAGCGUGCGAGAUCCCUAUACGGGAGGAUGCACCAGAGUCGCGUUGGCGACGAUGAGGAAUUUCUGGGAUUCGGGAAAGACAAAGUGGGAUGAGUGCUUUGACAAGCCUCAUGCGUGGAUGAUAUAG